AGCCGCGUUUGUUGUUCUUCCUUCUGUUUCCGAGACGUUCAGGGUCUGAACGGGUUCAACAGCCGCGACUGCAUGUCUCUACCAAUUUCCUCAAUAAAUCGUCUUCUACCGCCCCCGAAUGAAGAUUAACAGGUAUGCCAAAGGAAAAAUAUGAUCCUCCAGAUCCCCGCAGAUGUUACACCAUCAUGUCAGCCGAGGAGGCGGCCAGUGGGAAGAAGUCUCACUGGGCAGAGCUCGAGAUAUCUGGGCGGGUGAGGAGCCUGAGCAGCUCGUUAUGGACGCUCACUCACCUGACAGCACUGCACAUCAAUGACAACAACUUGACCCGCAUCCCGCCGGACAUCGCCAAGCUGCCCAACCUGGUCUACCUGAACCUGUCGUCCAAUAAGCUCCGCAGCCUGCCCGCCGAACUGGGCAACAUGGUCUCUCUCAGGGAAUUGCUUUUAAACAACAAUCUUUUGCGAGUUCUGCCUUAUGAACUUGGGAGGCUUUUCCAGCUACAAACCCUGGGGCUAAAAGGAAACCCUUUGUCCCAGGACAUCCUAAAUCUGUACCAGGAGCCGGACGGAACCAGAAAGCUUUUGAACUACAUGCUCGACAAUCUAGCAGUGCACCCAGAGCAGCUCCCCCAACGACCUUGGAUCACUCUGAAGGAGCGAGACCAAAUGAUCCCCACAGCCGUGUUCACGGUCAUGUGCUACAACGUGCUGUGCGACAAGUACGCCACGCGACAGCUGUACGGCUACUGCCCGUCCUGGGCCCUCAACUGGGAGUACCGGAAGAAAGGCAUCAUGGAGGAAAUCACCAACUGUGACGCCGACAUCAUCAGCCUGCAGGAGGUGGAGACAGAGCAGUACUACACCUUGUUUCUGGAAACACUAAAGGAGCGCGGCUAUGACGGCUACUUCUGUCCUAAGUCUCGUGCCAAACUGGUCUCUGAACAGGAGAGGAAACACGUGGACGGCUGCGCUGUGUUCUUCAAGACCGAGAAAUGUCAGUCAAUGGCUGAAGAGAGUUGUCUGUUGUAUGGUUUUUUUUUUACUUUUCUUGAACAUUUUACCUCUUUUAUCAGUGUGCACUUAAUUUCACUUUUCUUCACUCCUUCAUUGGCUGCAUACCCGUGGCAUAGUCCAGUUUUUUCUUCUCUGUUGUCAGGCAUGAAGCCACCACAGGAGAGGCAGCUGAUCCUCGUGGCCAACGCCCACCUGCACUGGGACCCCGAGUACUCAGAUGUGAAGUUGAUCCAAACCAUGAUGUUCCUGUCAGAGCUGAAGAACAUCGCUGAGAGGGCCUCGGGCUCCGUGGCGACCGGCUCGCCAACCGCCGACCCGUCCUCCAUCCCCAUCGUCAUGUGUGCUGACCUCAACUCACUGCCCGACUCCGGUGUGGUGGAAUACCUGAGCAACGGAGGAGUGGCCGAGAACCACAAGGACUUCAAGGAGCUACGCUACAGCGAAUGUCUGACCAACUUCAGCUGCAACGGCAAGAACGGCAACUCAGACGGAAGCAUCACACACAGCUUCCAGCUGAAGAGCGCCUACGACAGCAAUCUGAUGCCUUACACCAACUACACAUAUGACUUCAAGGGCGUGAUUGACUACAUCUUCUUCUCCAAGAUCCACAUGAGUGUCCUGGGCCAGCUGGGACCGCUGGACAGCCAGUGGCUCAUCGACAACAACAUCACCGGCUGCCCCCACCCCCACAUCCCCUCGGACCACUUCUCCCUGCUGGCCCAGCUGGAGCUGCACCCUCCCCUGCCCCAUCCGCUCAACCCCCUCAACGGGCUGCACCUGCCGGUCAACAGCAGCACUGCCCAUGAGACCGAGACGCUCAGAGAUUAACCCAGCGCCAUCAUCCAUCCAUCCAUCCUUCCUUCCAUCCUUCCAUCCAGCCAUCUUUUCAAUCCCUCCAAUCCUUCCUGAACCAACCUUUGGGGAUGUGAUCAUGAGGAAUUGAAGCUGAGGAAUAAUUGUUCACCUCUGACUGGUUUCUGUAUUUUUUUUUUUUUUUUAAUCAAACAGCUUUUUUGUAUCAUUGUCAACAACAAAUCACUAAUUUCUACCAGAGAUCUGAAAUGCACACUCUCACUUGUUUGUGGUUUCCCUGGUGUGUGUGAGUGUGUGAGUGUGUGUGCGCGUGUGUAUGCGCUGCAAACAGAUAGGUGUAUUUUCCAUGGGAUUAUCACGACCGCCAUCGCAUGCGAUUUCUGAAUGUAAAAUCCUGUUGUUCAAUAUCUGGCCCUGGUUUGUUUUGUUUUUUGUUUUUAGUUUUUUUCUCCCACUGUUCAGUUUAUUCAGCCUAGGUUUAUAGCAAAGUGGUCACUACAUGAGGUUACGAGUCUUUGGUGGCCAGUAGGACGCCCAGCAAUGUUGACUGGGGAGCGUGAGGAUUAUCUGACAAAGUGUCAAGCAUCUGGAUGAAGGGGGGGGGUUGUCUUUUAUCUGCUCUAACGUGUCGACUUUGACGGCCUCCUACUAGGCCAGGUCGCUCCAUCCAAACUGGGAAACAUGAAUUUGUAGGAUACUGCAUAAACGUUUUCAACCCAGCGUAUUAACCUGUAAAUAAGGCCGUGGAAAAGGAAUUCAGUAGCAUGACACCGAAUAAGUCUGAUUAAAUUCGAGAUUAGGCACAGUUUGGGUUGAGCUGAUGCAACCUUUAAAAUCAAUGGUGUAUGGAGGAUAUUUUCAGUAGAUCUUGACAGUGUCUGUUAAUUUACAGUACUAACAGGUUAAUGCACUGGUUAAUUUGCUGAAAUUAGGCCAUUAUAAAAUCAGAGUUGGUCUAAAAAGGGGAAAGGCAGAAACUUCAGUCUCAAAACACUUAAUAAACAAUCUCGACCCGUCAGUUGGUUGUGACAGUUAAAAAGCAACUUUCAGUUAUUGGUCUUUCCUUCAAAAUUGUCAUUUGAGCAAUGUGGCAUCUGUCAAUUCUAAGAAUGAGAAGAAUAAGGAAUGUCAGGCUCUUCUUUCUGGGAAGGAGAAUUUCUUUCCUCGGAGCAUUCCUAGAAAAAGUAUUUUAAAGUUGCUGCCUUUAGGCAAGUUUUGCUUUCUUCAUGUGUAGUGAGUGAAGUGAAUCUGGGUGAGGACCCUCUGUCACCAGCAGUCACCAACAAAGGUGCUACAUUAUUUCUCAAGAGGAUUUUAAAGAACUGCACUUAAACCUGUUUUAUGUAACUAAAAUGUUAAGUUUCUGUUUCCAGACCAGCAGCUCUUCACCACACUGGUUUUCAGUCCUACCAGCUUCCUCCAGAGACUGGAGGAAGCUGUGAACGCGUGUUCGCCUGGAAGGAAAACCUGCAGCUUUUGCGGUGAAGAGCUGCUAACGUUAGACACAGCAGGUCAUGUACUGUGGAAUCCAAAGUACGCAUCGUGUUUGACAAUUAAAUGUCAAAAAGGUGCAGAGCUGCAGUGAGACAUGUUACUGUUCGCCUGCGAGCACGAGUGGAAGUUUGUCUAAUGUCGGUGGCGGUGCUGACUUUGUUGUGUUCGUCUGACUAAAGCAAAGCAAAAAUACAGAUCUAGCCUUUGUAGAGGUCUUUUUCUUUUUUUUUCUGCGAGCUGAGGUACUGCUGCACAAUGCAGUUUGAUAAGUUUAAGUGAAGUUGUGUUCUCAGCUGUGUUAUCAGGCCAAGCAUUUUUGGGGGACCUUUGACACCCUCACCCUCCUCCCAAGAAACUGGAUAAAUACAAAUGAGUGAAUAAAUCCAUCAAUAAAAAGAUUUAAAAUCUGUGAAAGGUACAUUAAUUUUCUUAUUUUUUUAUAAAAGGUAACUAAACUGCUCAUGAAAUAUACCUUACUUAAAAUCAAAAUGUUUACAGGAUGUUUCACCACUGUCAGAUGAAGACCUCCUCUCUCUUUAAUCUUCAUGCUUCCACUGAAUUUAAAGAAUGACAUUGUCCUCCACAAACCUAUAAAUUUGUUAGAAUAAUUAAUGAAUUUCAUAAUACUUUAACAGUAUUGUAAAAGCACUUUUCUAAAAAGAGUUACAAAGUGCAACAGGGAACAACAGGGAAAAGAAACAAAUAAUGAAUCAUACCAGAGAAUUUGUUUUGAGAUAAUAAAUCCAGAACUUUCCUCCCACUAAGAGCAGGGUGUUUUCUCCCAGCUUCCACAAAACUGAAAUUUCUGAGAUGAAAGGUUUUCGCCCAAGAACAGUCACUUGCUAUUAGCUUUUUUGGGAGCCCUAAGAUGCUACUCGUUUGUUUGCAGGCCAGCAUCUGACACUAACAAAUAUGGAUUUGAACAAGUCGUUUAAUCAUAAGAACAGACACAUUUGACAUUACAAACGAUGGCUAAACACAAGAAGGUGCUUCUGAAACGUCCCCGCUUUCUGAACAAACAACAGUAAUAACCAGUGCCGGCGACUACCUGACCUGGCACGGGCGGCAGCUCUGCGCUGCUGGAGCUAAACCCCUUCCCUCCCCUCGAUGCUAAUUAAUACACACCCAUUUAAAAAAAUUGCAAAUAAUUGGUCGCAGAAAUGUCAGUAAGCUGAUAUUUACAUGAAUGAAGUGAAGGACUUCUACAAAGGCUACAGCUGUAUUCGACGUGUGUGCAGUUACGCCUCAGUUGAAACCAAAACAUGCUCAACAGCACUUGUGUCAUUGCUCCACACCCCGACACUCUCCCCCACCUCCUGUAGGCAAUAAACA